AAACGCAAAGUGUUGCCAGACAGCGAAACAUUGCGCUGCUGUGUAAAACAAAAAAUAAUUUCUUAAAAGUUUAACAAAAAUAACAGAAAUAAUUGUGUUUGUGAUUAGUAAAUUAGCAAUAACAAUUCCUUGUUCUGUUUGCCAGUCAAUAAACGAACACAACGCGUACAACAACAACAGCAACAGGAAUUCCAAUGCACUUUCUCCAUAUGGUGUAAAACCAGUCUUGCGGCUUUUUUUGACAUCUAUUCGAUAUCAAUAGAAGAAAUACAGGCCAAAAUUGUAGUGGUCGUUGUCGCGUCUGUGUUGUUAGCAGACUACUAAGCACCUGUGUGCUGUUUGAACAACAACAACAGCAGCAAUUACAACAACAACAACAGUUGAUUGCCGUCUUUUAUUGGCCUGGUCGACGCGACAAUGGAGCAGCAACAGUCACAUCUUGCCCACUCUUGAGUACGUUUCGAUUCUCUCGCGCAAAGCGUUGAAAGAAUUCGUAAUUUGCAUAUAUCUAUCUAUCAGACUUUUUUAUGCAUAACUCGAGACGAGCAUGUUUGUCAUAUUGAGUCAUUUGAGAGACAAACGCAACGGAAUUUUGUGCUGAACGUGUACUCGUAUAUUGAAACAGUCAACUAUAUAGUCACAGAUUCUUUAUGAAAAGAUGACUUCGAUUGAGGAGAAAGUGCGUUGCAUAUUGAACGCCAAAGAUCUAGGCGACAUAACAACAGAGCUCUGUGAUUUCUCGCUCAGAGAGCAGAAUGCAACAGCUGAGGCGCAAGGUGUGCAACCAUCAUCGUCAUCCGACUUUGAGCCAAAAGUCGGCCAGACGAUCAACUACAUUGUGGCCUGUGUCAUGUUCAAUGAGCACGACGAGCUACUAAUGAUCGAGGAGGCCAAACCGAACUGUGCAGGCAAAUGGUAUCUGCCCGCCGGUCGCAUGGAACAGGGUGAAUCAAUCACAGAGGCAGCUGCGCGCGAACUGUUUGAAGAAACGGGUCUCAAUGCCGAAAUGACAACGCUGCUGGCCGUGGAGUCCGCUGGUGGUUCGUGGUUUCGUUUUGUGCUAACAGGCCGGAUUACAGGUGGCCGUCUAAAGACGCCCGCCGAUGCGGAUGCUGAGUCCAUACAAGCGCUCUGGCUGCGCAAUCCCAAAGAAGUGCCGCUGCGUGCCAACGACAUACUCAACAUUAUUGACAUUGGACGUGCCUACCAUCAAAACCAGAAAACGAAUCAGGCGGACAUUGUGCGUCAGCCAGUGUGGCAUAGCAAUGUGCUGCCCACACGUCAUCCCCACAAGCGGAACUAUCUGCGCGUGCUGGCGGUGGUGCGUAAACGUGCCACCAACUCCAUGAAUAUUCUCAUCAGCGAGAAGAAUGCCCAUCAUUUUCCCACGGUGGAGAUGCAUCCAAAUCGCAGUCUUCACUCAACACUGCGCAAGUUUAUGAUUGAGAUAUUUGGAGCGGAACUGCCACAACAUCGACCACAUGGCCUGCUUAGCAUGGAGCAUGCCACAUCCAGCAAUGAAGUCACCGAUGGCAUUUGCCUGAAUCUGCUGGUUGCCUUUAGGCCGGCACUCGAGGAAAUCUCACUGAUUGGCAAAUGCAUUUGGCAGGAGCUCAGUUCGCCGUUGGACGAGACGCUGGCACGUAUAUUGGGCAGCAAGCAUGGUUCCAUACCGCUAAACGUGAUACGCUAACUGGUUUAGUCUAGUUCUAGUUCUAAUCUCUAAUAAUGGUGCAAGCUUAUAUACUAAUCUAUGAAUAGCAUAAUUAAAUUGUGUAACUUUUUAAAAACUGU